GGGACGGCGGUACUCGCAGUUCCGGGAUCAGCACUGGUCCGCUCGGUGUUGAAGUCGUGGUGUGCCGGACUGUGAACCACUUUUCCACUUGUUUGAGCGGAAAUUGAUAUCACGAUGGCAGUGGAAAUGUCUCAGAAUGCGUUUGUUAGAGUGGCCCAUUUGCCACUUUUCAGUACUGCGUACAACAUGGUAACUUCUGUAUAUAGCAGCACAAAGGAGAAUCACCCCUACCUAAGGUCGUUGUGUGAAGCAACAGAGAAAGGUGUGAUGGCCAUUAUAGCAGUAACUGUCACCAGCGCGAUGCCAAUUCUCCAGAAGUUGGAACCACAAAUUGCUUUUGCAAAUGACUAUGCCUGCAAAGGACUGGACAGAAUAGAAGAGAAGCUGCCUUUCAUCCACCAAUCCAGUAACCAGAUUGUUGCAGAUGCAAAAUAUGUGGUCACUACCAAAGUGUCUGAUGCCAAGGAGACUUUUACAAAUACAAUUUCUGGGGUAGUGGACAAGACAAAGGUCACAGUCAGCGAAAGUGUGGAAAUGACCAUUGCUAUAGUGAACAGCAGUGUGAAUCACAUGCUUGAGUUGCAUGUGGCUAAGGUCCUGAACAGUAGAGUAAAUUCGGCUUUGACUAGCUCUGAAGUGCUGGUAGACCGCUAUCUUCCACUGACGGAAGACGAGGAAGCUGAGCAAGCCAAAACAAUUGAUGAUUUCGAAGCACUGGCACCAAGUUAUUAUGCGAGAUUGGGAUAUCUUUCUACUAAAGUACGUCAGCGGACUUAUAAACAAGCGACGAUAGCAAUCCUCAAUGCAAAGCAACAAAGUCAAGAGGUGAUUUCUCAGCUUCGCCAUAACCUUGAUCUGAUUGAGUACAUCAGAGAAAACGUGACUACAGCAAGCCAACUGAUUAAUUAUGCCCAGGACAAGAUAUACCAGAAAUUGGAAACAUGGAAAAUGUCUAAUUUAGGAUGUCAGGCCAACGAACUACAUGUGGCAAAACAGAUUGAGUCCCCUACAAUGGUCAUAGCAGAUAAUCUGGGUCAACAACUGCAGACAGGCUAUGUCAUGCUCGUAAACAUAAUUCGGGGUUUACCACAAAGUAUUCAAGGACAAGUCCAGUGUCUAACCAUAUCAACUAGGGAAACAUAUGUGAUAUCGAAAACUUCUAUCAAAGAACUUCCUGACCAGAUCUUCUCCACAAGCAAAGAUCAACUGACUAAAAUGAAGGACAUGCUGGAUGGACUAAUGAUUUAUUUGGUCAAUAACACACCUCUGAAUUGGCUGGUGGGUCCCUUUUACCCACAGGUAACUGGAUCUCAGCAUCCUGAUCAGCAUGUGAAAACUGUGAUCGCAGAGGAGGAAAAAUCUGAGCAGAUACAUGAUUGUGAUGAUUGAGCAUCUUUACCUGUUUCUUGCAAUAUCAUGCUGAACUCUGUGUCUGUAUUAAUAUUUUCCAAAUAACAAAUGGCGCAUUAUGUAAUGCAAAUUAAUGUUUAUAUUUUUCUUACUUUGGAUUACUUUCAUACACUAAAUUCUAGCGCAAACAUGGCUGUCUAAUUUAUUUUAAUGCAUUGUUCUCUAUGAAAUAUUGCAGUUUUUGUCAUCAAAAAUAAAAUUUGACAACUUGAAACAGAGUAACAGUGAUUUAAUGAGAAUGUUGUUAAAUGUUUAGAAUGUUGCCACACAUAAUGGAAUGAUAGUCUUUGAAGGAAUUUAUAGAAUGAUUACCAUUAAAUAAUUUUGAAUAAA